AUGACCAGCUACGACUCGGGCGUCCCCUUCUCCUACUCGACGCCCGACUGGCCGGCACUCUACUACCCGGUGCGCGCCGACCCCGGGGAAGCGCAGUAUCUGUACUACGUGAGCGACAUCUACCGCUAUGUGGUGUUCUGGACGCUCAUCUGCGUGGGCGCGGCGCACAUCUUCGUCGCCACGUGGGCGGUGCUCAUGCAGUUUCACUCGGCCAAGCUGCGCAGGAGAUAUCUGAACACGCCCGUGGGGAGGAAGCUCACGGCCAAGAACCGCAAGCUGCUGGGUGAGAACCCGAUCGGCGAGACGAUGACUUGGGUCUGGUUGGUUCCUGUUGUCUAUAUCGUGCUGGGCGGUCUCGAGGCUACCUUUGCUGGGAGUAUUGUUGGUUUGAUUCUGGGGGCCGUCUACAAUGCUGGCUAUUUCAGGAUGAGCACUUGGACGCCUUUGCUUUGGGGGGUCAUCAAUAUGCUGGUGCUAGUCGUGAGCAGUUUUAGAAUACAAGGUGGUCUAUAA